GGAAUAUUGAUUGCCACUGAACGUACGGCUGACACGCGUGGUCAGCAGCAGGCGCAAUUGGUUUUGUUUUAGUUUUUGAGUAAUUUUAUAAUUAUUUGUAAAUAAUUAGAAAAAGAUUGUUUAAUAAGUGUCGUAUAAAUGGCAAUGCUUGCUGAGCCCCGACAGAAAAAGCGAUAUAACUUAACACCUCGAGGCAAAGCGUUGUAUGAAGAUGAAACGCGCUUUGGUACGAAAAUGUUGGAGAAAAUGGGCUGGUCCAAAGGAAAAGGACUGGGUGCUAAUUUGCAUGGUAGUCAAGAUUUUGUGCGCGUCCGAAUGCGAAACACAAAUGAAGGUUUGGGUUUCGAAGAUCGUGAUGACCACUGGACGCAGCAUGAACAAGAAUUUAAUGGUUUGCUGAAAUCAUUGAGUAGCGAAAAUGAUCAGGGUGUAAAUGCUGAUGGUGAUAAGGAAAGUACCACUGAUGAGGAAGCGCCUCGUGUGGGUUUUGGUUUUGCGCCUGAACCAAAAAAGCCCAAAGUGGAAAAGCUAAAGGAUAAAAUUAGUGGUAUUUCGCUAGAAGAGAAGUCAAAGCAGAGUAAAGCUCGUGUCCAUUAUCGUAAAUUUACGAAGGGAAAGGAUAUUGCUCAAUACAGUGAAAAGGAUUUGGCUAAUAUAUUUGGAAAGAAAGCGGUUGAAACAGAGCAAACAGAAGGAAUAUAUGCGGAGCUCAAUGCGAUGAUGUCGAAUCAACCAAAAGAAGUGAAUGAAAUACCAGUUGUAGAAGCGAAGGAGGUGAAGCCUAAUUUCGCCGGUGUGCAGACGAUAAGCACGGGGUUAUCGGUGAGUGAUUAUUUUAAGAAAAAAAUGGAAGCAAUGAGAAAUAAACAAAAGCCCAUCAAAUCCGGAGGUGAGGAGAAGAAUGGAAACCAAGUGACUGCAGAAAUGCAGGGGCAAGACCCUAUGGAAACUAAAAAGAAAAGUAAAAAACGCAAAGGCGACGAAGCCUCAUUGCAUACUGAAAAUGAAAUAAAUGGUACAAACGAUGUUAGCGUAAUUGAAGGAGGUUUAGAAAUAAAUAUUAAACGAAACGUAGAAAAGCGUAAGAAAACGAAGAGUCUGCCUGAAAAUAUUGAAUUAGAUAAUGUAACCGCCUUGACGGAAGCGAAUAUUCAAGAAUCGGAGGGCCUGACUGAGUCUAAAAAGAUUAAAAAGAAAAAGAAGCGUAGUGCAUUAAAAACGGUGGACAUGACGCAAGAAGAAUACGAUGGAACUGCUGAAAUAUGUACAAAGAAAAAGUCUAAGAACAUUAGUGGAGAACAGCACUACGAAGAAAGCAGUAUAAAUUCAUUGGCAACAGUGAGCGAUGUAAAUGAAAAACCUAAGAAAAAUAAAUCCAAGAAAAAAGAAAAUGAGAAAUCCCUGGAAACUAAAGACGGGGUAACAUUAAACAAUGUGGAUGAAAUUCCAGCAUCCCAACUGCCCAACAAAAAAAGGAAAAAAGAUAACCCACUGCAAGAUGAUGAAAAUAUUCCAGUGAACCAAGGUCCUGCCGAUAUUGAAUUAAUAACUGGAAUAUCCGUUAAGAAAAAUAAAAAAUUAAAAAAUAAGGAAAAGUUGCAAGAUACUUCUAUUGCAGACUUAAAUGCGGCAGCAAAAGUAGAGAGUCCUGCACAAGCUUCGAGUAAAAAGUCAAAGAAACAGAAAAAACUUGAAGGCAUAGCUGGUCAUGGUGCCCAAACCAAGCAAGUACCAAAGUCAUGGGGGAAAGCUAAAAAAAAUGUAAGUGAAGAAAUAUACCUUCAAUCGCUGACACUUGAUGAACUAAUAGCCAAAUGUAAUUCUUUCAAUGUCCUCACUGUUUCCUCAUUUUGCGCAGAAAAAUUCCGUAACGUCGAUUUAGACCUAUUCAAUGGAGCAACAAUAUCACAAUUCCCUGGCUAUUCGUAUAGUGAGCAAAAUCUACAACUUAACGUAGUGGAUCAACCCAAAGAUAAGGAGCGUAUCUUGCAUCUUUGGAACUGUAAAAUAAAUAAAUAUCAGAAUGUUAAUCCAAGGGCUAUAUUUGCCAAUUAUAAAUUCAACGUGGUAAAGGCUUAUAAGGCCAAAACAAAACAGAGGAAAAGAAUACCUCGAUUUCAUAUGAAAUCACUGAAAAGAAAAAAUGUGUUCCAACCUAUAUAGAAUAUUACUAAUAAAAAAACGAAUGUUACUAGCCUG